AUGGACAUAAUGAACUCUGAGGAGAAGUCCUUUCUCAGGAGGAGGUCCUGUCUAGGUCCUGUCUCUCAGGGGGCGGUCCAGUCUCUCAGGAGGAGGUCCAGUCUCUCAGGAGGAGGUCCAGUCUCUCAGGGGGAGGUCCAGUCUGUCAGGAGGAGGUCCAGUCUGUCAGGAGGAGGUCCAGUCUCUCAGGAGGAGGUCCAGUCUCUCAGGGGGAGGUCCAGUCUCUCAGGGGGAGGUCCAGUCUCUCAGAGGGCGGUCCAGUCUCUCAGGGGGCGGUCCAGUCUCUCAGGGGGCGGUCCAGUCUCUCAGGGGGCGGUCCAGUCUCUCAGGGGGAGGUCCAGUCUCUCAGAGGGCGGUCCAGUCUCUCAGGGGGCGGUCCAGUCUCUCAGGAGGAGGUCAGACAGCCAGAGGACGCAGUGGGACGACCCGUUCACGUCACUAUUGUCCCGUCACAGGCCUCAGAUCUGGGGCAUGGAGCUCACCGCCACAAAGCAGCAGCCAAAUGCACACACACUCCGACAGAUGCCCCACUAA